ACCUUUUUACUUGCCAGACGAUUCUACAAGUUUUGUAUGAACGUCUACUCGUUUGACGGUCUUGUCGUUGCUGCUCUAUUAUUCAUCUGCACCUGUGCUUAUUUGAAACGAGUUCCACGUGUUAGUAGCUGGCUGUUGUCUGAGAAGAAGGGAUUCUUCGGAGUUUUUUAUAAGGCUGCUGUAAUUGGUGUCCGACUUCAUUCUCUCGUUGCUCUUUCGUGUCUCUCUGCCGCCGUCUACGUUCUUUUCGUUCGCUAAAAACAAUGGUUCAAGGAAAGCUCAAGCAAAAGACAGCCUUGCCAAAAGGUGUCAAACAAAAGGUUAAGAAGGCCAAGAAUCCAGGACAACCAAAGAAGGGAAAAUUCUUGCACAUUGCUCCUAAGAAGGCUCAUAUCAUUGAAGCAGAAAAAGUUGCUGCCCAUGUCACCAAAGUCAUCAACGACAAAAACGAGGAGAUGGUGAAAGGCAGAGCUGAUACUGCAGUUGGAAAAAAUAAGAAGUGAUUAAGUACUCUGGUUAUAUUAAUUUACUGAAUUUGUCUGUCCUUUGUUGAAAAUAAACUU